AUGAAGAGCUUCACCUUAAUAACUGUUAUAUUUCUCUGCAGCCUCAGCUGGGUCUCUGUCUCAGUUUCUGAGUCUCAGACUGUGGAGGUCCAGCCUGGUAAAGAAGUCACACUGCAGUGCUCCAACAUCUCGGCAACCCCAACUCAGACUGACUGGUUCAGAGUGGUCAACAGAACCAAAGCCAGUUGUAUCGCCUCUAUGUACGGGUCUGAGGGCAAAGGUUCACUAUGUGAUGGAUUUCAGAAUGCAAAAUUUGAAAUGAGUUCAAACAUCUCUACUAUCUUUCUUAAAAUCACACAAGUGGAUAUAUCUGACUCUGGACUGUAUUUCUGUGGAUUCUACAUCAACACACACACAGUCAUUGCCGAUGUGACAGAGUUACAAGUCCAAGGUAAUGGUGAAUCUGAUGAUGAAGCUCAUUUAAAGACAAAAAUAGAAGAGUCUCAUGGAAGAAUAAACCUGAUGAGUGUGAUCGGGGGCGCUGUGACUCUCUUCUUCGCUAUUAUCAUCAUUGUUCUGGUUGUUAAAAUCAGGAAACUUCUGACAGCUGCUGAAGAAGAAUGGAAGCCAGAAAGGAACAAGAAUUUGGGCUUUGAUGACCUGAACCCUUCAGUGCGGAUGUUCCUUCCAAAAACAAUAAGAAGCAGGAGGCCUCCAACAGGGAGAGAAGAAGAUACUCAUGUUCUUUAUGCUGCCACUAGAUAGACUCAGGAAACAACUGGUACUGCAGCUUUGAUGCUUUGCGUUUGCUUUUCAAGUGUUAAUAUGGACAAGUGGACAAGUAAUGCUUGCUUUAUGCUUGCUACAUUUUCUAUUACUUCAGCACUGAUUAAAUAUCACUCACUGGAUCCCUCACUUCAAAAGCAAACCAUACAAUGUAAUUGUACAACC